GAAGCUUAUACUUCGUAAGUUGGGAGAGCAAGUAGUGACUAUUAACGUUAAGCUUCGACUUUGAAAAUUGGAAACUUCAUAGUUUCUAGAAGGAUUGGACACAUCCGACAGUGCAGGACAACCUUAUGUGAGGACCCUUAUUGGGAGAGAGGUACCAAUUGUCAAUUGACAUACGAUCCAGUCACAUUGUGAUACCGGCUAAGUGGGGGUUUGUGCUGCGGAAUCCGGGCCUGCAAGGAAUCAACGGUUCCUCCUAGGAUUGGUUGAUUGUGAAAGAGAGGAGAGCAGUUGUAAGUGGAUAGUCGGAUCUACUUUCGUCAUCAAGCUUGCGAGGGAAGUUUCCCCGCCAGUGAUUUAAUCUCAUUCGCUUUAAGUAGAAGCUAUGAGGCUCUACUUUCCCCCCUUCCUUCCUUUUCUGCUGCCUUUGCGUUGAGAAUCUCCUCCUUUAGAGCUCUCAUUGCGUUCUUCAAAUCCCUCCUGGUUUUGAUCGCGAGCACUCUUUACAAUGCGUUUCUCUACCUGUGUUUCUGCUUUGGCGAUUGCUGCGGGUGUAGUAUCUGUAAGAACCACUGCAUCUGGAAGAAGUUUGCAGCAUGUUGGUAGGCAAGACAGAGCACACAAACAUGUUGCUCGUGAGCCUGUAUCAGCACCUCAACACAAGGCUCGUUCGGCCUACUCUUCUCAGUACUACACAAACUCUACCUCAAGUAAGUAAGUUUUCAAUUGAGUCAAUAUACUUAAGCUAACAGGUAAACAGAAUACUCUGUGAACGGGACCGCUGUUCCAGAAGUAGACUUCGACAUUGGAGAAAGUUAUGCUGGUUUGAUGCCAAUUACUUCGGCUGUCAAUGAAACCAGCCAGCUCUACUUUUGGUUUUUCCCUUCAGAGAACCCAGAAGCUUCUGAUGAGAUUUUGAUUUGGCUCAAUGGUGGAGUAAGUCAACCAUCUUACUUUCAAGACCUCCACUGACAUAUCUGUACAGCCUGGCUGCUCUUCACUCGAGGGACUUUUACAGGAGAACGGACCAUUCAUUUGGCAAUAUGGAACCUUCAAACCUGUCCCCAAUCCAUACACCUGGAGAAAUCUCACAAACGUAGUCUGGGUCGAACAGCCAGUUGGAACAGGAUUUUCUCAGGGUAUCCCCACAGCCAAGGAUGAAACAGAUGUCGCAGCACAAUUUUUAGGAUUCUGGAAGAACUUUGUCGAGACGUUUGCGCUACGAGGACGCAAAGUCUAUAUUACCGGAGAGUCUUACGCUGGUUACUAUGUGCCAUAUAUCGCUGAUGCCAUGCUCAACAGCAAUGAUACAAAAGUAAGUUAAGCAGUUGUCCUGGAAUAUCGGCUGCUAACAUGUUUUUAGUACAAUGACUUGCAAGGAAUCUUGAUCUAUGACCCGUCUUCAACAUCCGAUGUUAUCCAGACGGAAAUGCCAGCAGUGCCUUUCGUCGACUAUUGGGGUGGUCUCUUCCCCUUCAACGACACCUUCAAAGCUCAAAUCCACAAUGUGUCCGAUUCUUGCGGCUUCACAGAUUACAACAACAAGUAUCUGAAAUACCCACCACCGGGUCCUUUCCCGCCAACUCCAAGCACCACUGAAUAUGGUUCAGCAACACACGACUGUCGAGUUUUCGACCUCAUCUACGACGCAAUCAUAUUGAUCAACCCAUGUUGGGAUGUCUACCAAGUAGCCACCACAUGCCCCCUUCUCUGGGACGUCAUGGGAUUCCCAGGAUCCUUCGACUACCUCCCAGAAGGAGCAAGCAUCUACUUCAACCGAACGGAUGUGCAAAAGGCCAUUAAUGCCCCAUUAAUCGAGUGGGCUGAAUGCACACCCAAGAACGUCUUCCCUAACGGAGAUGCCAGUCCCCCAUCGGGCGUCAGUGUUCUACCCGGUGUGAUUGAGCGAAGCAAACGUACCAUCAUUGCCCACGGUGCCUUGGACAUGGUCCUCAUCGCCAACGGAACCUUGAUGAUGAUCCAGAACAUGACAUGGAAUGGAGCUCAAGGAUUCCAAAUGAAACCCUCGGAUCCGUUUUUCGUUCCGUACCAUAACGAGGCAUCGCUUUCUACCAUUGCUGCGUCGGGCGUGAUGGGUACGACACAUACCGAGCGAGGACUUACGUAUGUUGGUGUCGAUCUUGCUGGUCAUAGUAUGUUCCCCCUUUCCCCUCCUCCCUCUCCCUGUACUCUUUCCCAUUCCUUUCAAAAACUUACACAUCUUCUCUUCUCAGUGAUCCCUCAAUACGCACCCACAGCCGCGUACAGACACCUCGAGUUCCUGCUUGGCAGAGUCGACUCGUUAUCCAGUAAUGCGCCGUUCACGACCGAUUCCUCGGUCCCGCAACCUUCGAAUGCGACGAUGGGAUUGGGUAAUGCGGCGAUUAAAAGAGGUGUGCCGGUGAAGAAGUGGGGUUGGAAUUUGCAGAUGUAGAUAAAGCCCUUUGGUAAGAAGGACGCUUUAAUGAAGUUAAUGUUUUAUGUCUGGAAUGAGAUUGUGGUUUAGUACUUCUCUUAACUGUAUUAGGGCUGCGGUGUGGUUCAAUCAAGUGAAGUGACG